GAUAGUUCGAUACACUCUUUAAUCGUGAUGGUGAAAAAAUCAACCUAACACAGUAAAAUCAAUUAAAAUUAUAGGGCUGAGCUGGUGAUUUAGCAAAAGCAAAACAUUUGUUUAACCAACUAUUAAGCCAGACAGCUCUUGUGCAACGAAAGGUAAACAGCAUUGCUAGGUUUUUUGAUCUGUUGCAAUAUUUACAAGAAAGUGCGAAGCGGGCACGAGCCCAGACUGUGUGUGUAUUAGUAUUUUGUGCAGCGUAGUGUGUGUCGCCCUCACCACGUAGUGCGUAACAAACAAAGUUAAUUAGCAGCAGCAGCAGGAAACGGCAAAAGCGACAACGACGACGACGACGGCGGAGACAGAGGCAAGCAUGGACGGGAACAAAGACGAGGCGCAGCGUUGCAUCGAUCUCGCUGUGCAGGCGCUGGCAGAACGCAAAAUUGACAAGGCCGAAAAGUUUUUGCUCAAAGCCGAGCGACUUUAUCCCACGGACAAUGCAAAAAGGCUGUUGGCACAGGUGAAAAGCACCUCGAGCAACAAUAGCACCAAUGGCGGCGCCAAGGAGCGUCCCGCUGCAGCAGCUGAUGAAAAGGAUACUGGACCGCGUAAGCGCGUCAAUUCCGACUCACGCAAUCACGCUCCCGACUACACCAACGAUCAGCUGGAGGCAGUGCGUAAAGUCAAAAAGUGUAAGGACUAUUAUGAGGUGCUGGGCGUUAGCAAAUCAGCCACUGAUUCUGAGAUUAAAAAGGCGUAUAAGAAGCUGGCAUUACAACUGCAUCCCGACAAGAAUAAGGCACCCGGCUCAGUGGAGGCAUUCAAGGCACUGGGCAAUGCGGCUGGUGUUUUGACCGAUGCGGAAAAGCGCAAGAACUACGAUCUGUAUGGCAUCAAUGAGUCGCAUAGCGGACAUGGCAAUGGCGGUGGACACCAUGGACAUGGACAGCAUUACAAUGACUAUGGUUAUUCCCGCGGCUUCCAGGCCGACAUCAGUGCUGAGGAACUGUUCAAUAUGUUCUUCAAUGGCGGUUUUCCGCAGCAAAAUGUUUACAUGCGUCAGCAGCGACGUCGGCAUCAGGCUCGCGAGGACAGAGAUUCUAAUAACUCUUCUGCCUUAAUCAAUCUGUUGCCCAUUUUGUUGCUCAUUGGACUGUCCAUGAUGUCGUCGUUCUUCAUAUCGGAUCCCAUGUACAGCUUAUCGCCAUCACACAAAUACUCGGUUAAACGCGAGACAAACGGUCUGAAGAUUCCUUAUUAUGUCAAAGAUAAUUUCUAUUCUGAGUAUCAGGGUUCGGUGGCGAGACUUGAGGAAUCGGUUGAAGAAGAUUUCGUCAAUCAUUUGAAGCACUCGUGCAGUCGGGAACGCAACUAUCGCGAUUCAAUGUUGGCCAAGGCACGAACCUUUGGAGAUCGAGAUCUGUAUCGCAAGGCGCAGAACAUUAAUACGCCGUCGUGCGAGAAUUUGCAAAAGUAUUUAAUCACAUGAUUUCCAUAUGCAACAAAUUCAAAGCAAUGAAAUUGAAACGUGAUUUAAACGCUUUUUCGUUUUCUCCUCUGUUGUUUUUCUUUGGUUGUAGUUUCCACUGUUUGUGUCUAGUUUGUUAUAAAAAACAAUGAUUUUAUUUAAAUCGAAA